AUGCUGAGUCGUGGCUGUGCAGACGACUUUCGGAGAUGGCAGCACCCUAAAUACAUCGUUGCCCCUCACUUCGACAUCGUUCCCCCUCCAGAUGGACCAUUUGCCUUGGGCAAAUUCGUGGAGGAUACCAAGGAUUACGCUAUCAUCAAUGAAAAUGCCCCUAUUCCUGUCCCCAAGUCAUACUCGUCCGUCAAAACAAACAUUGACACAAGCGUUUACUCAUCCCGCACAUAUGAGACGGAGACCAUAGCCAAGGUUCUUGACCGCAGCAUCGGCGGCAAUGCGAACCUCAAGGGGAUCAGGGCCGACAGUGAUGUCUUCCACAUCCAGAAACUCGAGACGAUCUACUUCAAUCCAACCAAGGACUACAUCCAACAGUGCCGAGCACUCCCGAAUAUUGAUGCGUACCUCAAGGCCACCCACUACCAGAAACCGGUCUAUCUCAUAACCGGAUUGAAGGUCGCAUGGGGAGCGACCUACUCCACUUCUGAUGGCCAGCAUUUUGAUGCAGGUGCUGGAGCAGCAGUUACGCUGGGCACCGAGGAACUCAACGCGGAGGUGAAGGGAGAAGGCCGCCUCGCCAAGGCUGCAGAGCUUGAUUUCAAGGCCAACGACCCAUUCAACUUCGUUCUGGGUAUCCGUUUGUUGAAAUUUUUCCACAAGAGGAAGCAUAUCUUGUCUGGCGAAAUGGUUCCUUGCGAGGAGACGGUGACCGAUGGGGCAGUGUUGCUGGAUGCCAGUUCCGGAACGGAUGAUCAGGAUGACGAGCUUGUUGCUGAGGAGUUGGACGAGCAGGAGGCUGCAAUGAUGGUUCUUUAA